AUGUUUUUCUUCCAAAGCGUCGUGCUUCUCGGCCUCGUCGGAGCCAGCUGGGCGAAUCCCUCUGGGGUCCAGCAAGCUCGAGCCGUUUGCACUCCGAAAGCCGGCGGCUCGCCCAAGAUCGACGACGUGCCGGCCAUCACCAAGGCCUUCGCCUCGUGCGGCCACGGCGGCACCAUCAUCAUCCCCAAGGGCAGCACGUACCAUCUGAACAGCGUGCUGGACCUAGGCGGGUGCUCCAACUGCGACUUUCAAAUCGAGGGUCUGCUCAAGUUCACGGGAAGCACCAGCUACUGGAACGGCAAGUACGCGAUGAUCAACAUCCACAAGAUCACCGGGCUGAAGAUGCGGUCUCUCACGGGGGCGGGAGUGGUUGAUGGAAGCGGACAAGAUUCAUGGGACCUAUUCGCCUCCAACUCCAACUACCGGCGCCCAACGCUCCUGGGCAUCGGCGGAAGCAGCAACCUCGAGGUAAGCAACCUCCGCCUCACGAACCCGCCGAACGUCUUCGUCUCGGUGAAAUCAGGCACGGAGCACGCCGUAUUCUCGGGGCUCCGCCUGGACGCGCGGUCCGUAUCGCGCCACCCCGCGAUCAACACGGACGGGUUCAACAUCGGACAAUCCACACACAUCCGCAUCACCAAGACCACCGUCGCCAACGACGACGACUGCAUCGCCUUCCAGUCCGGAAGCAGCGACAUCACCGUGCAGGACAUCACCUGCCGCGGCUCGCACGGGCUGUCCGUGGGGUCGCUGGGGAAAACCAACGCCGACACCGUGCAGAACAUCUGGAUCGAGCGCGCCACGAUGAUCGGGUGCAGCAAGGCCGCGGGCAUAAAGACGUACCCCGGGGGCGCGGGCGCGGGCCACGGCCAGGCCACCGUGCGCAAUGUGACCUGGGCCGAUGUCGACGUGCAGGCUUGCGACUACGCCAUCCAGAUCCAGAGCUGCUAUGGCACCAGCCCGGCGGACUGUGAGAAACACCCCGGCGACGCCGUGCUCGAGGAUGUCACCUUUACCGGGUUCACGGGCACCACGAACAGCAAGUAUGGGUCGGCGCUGGCGAAUCUGAAUUGCGGAGCGCGCGGCACUUGCGGCGUGACGGUGCGGGAUUUCUCGGUGAAGGCGCCUUCGGGGAAAGGCGAGGUUCUUUGCGGGAAUACUCCGUCGCAUUUGGGGGUUGCUUGUACUUCUGGUGCUUCUGGUUAA